AUGGAUUUAAUAGAUAUAUUACUUCAAGUCGGCUUGUUUACUGUUGCAGUAGUUUUUUACUUGAUAUUUAUAAGAAAAUCUGUUAAAAAGAAAGGAUUUUAUCAACAACCUGGAUGGAACUAUUAUUUGAAAACAAUUUUUGCAUAUUACGCUGUAAAGCGUUGGAAGGCUCAGUUACCAACGAAAGAACUCACUGAAAUCCCGAAACGAGAUCAGACUGAGGGUUGGGAUGGCAUUUCGGUAAGGGGCUCUGCACCGGACGGUUCUGUAAUCCUAUUAGGUAUACGCAAAUUAUGUGGAGGGAAACCCAUCGCAGAGGCCACAGUUCAUAUUAAAUUACCAGAUGGUAGCACUUAUAAGUUACUACAACAUCCUCAAACAGCAGUUAGUGAAUGGAUGCACAAAGAUGGAGAAUGGAUCGCAGGGGGAUUAAAAAUACAAGUUAAUGAACAUAUGCAAAGUUUGAGAAUCAUAUAUAAUGGACUCCUAAAAUGUGUUCAGGAAAACGAGACGCAGCAUGCUAAAUUUAAUUUAUUAUGGAAAUCCGCAACGAGCGUUGUGCAACAUCCGAAAGACUGGAGUGAUAAACUGGCAGCAGAAACCUUGGCUCUUGAACCCUGGCGAGACGGGAAUUGGUGGAAAUUAUUAAAUAAUUGUGGUAAGGAUUCUGGUAGUUGGUUACAAUGGGGUGCAGUGCAAGGUCGAUUCCAGACCUUCAAUACUGAUGGGGUAAUCGAAAGAAACGAAUACUUACGAGUACGUGGAGUCAGAGAAAGAAGUUGGGCACCAGGUUAUAAAGAGGUCAGACGUGUGGUCACAAUAACCGCGGCAACUCGUGAUGGAACUGGUGUCCAAAUACGUGGGGUUUCUUAUUUCAAGAAUUUUACGCAAUGUAUUUCAGGAAAUGUAAGAUUUCCAAAUUUUUUGGUAAAACCUAUCGCUUCAACAGAUUUUAAUAUGUUAGAUUUUUGCGAAAAUCCAGUAGGAAUACCCAACAAUUAUACAGUUAACGUAACUUCAAAUGGUCGUACAUUGAAAGUGAUUCUUCGGAUCAAUGAAGAAGAAGGUCGGUUGCUUUCGGGUCCAGAACAGCAGGAGAUUGUCUAUCGUACGGUUCAAGUCAGUAUUGACGACGAACAUGGUACUGGUAUACUUGAAUUGGGAUAUCAAAAUUUAGGUAGAAAUUCUAAGGUCGAUAUCACACCACUACCCGUACUAAAGUGGCUUUCCGAAGUAGAGGCUGGUGAAGUUGGUUACUGUGUACCCUUUGAAGAACGCGCCGCAUUUUGUACUAGUUAUGUUGGAGGAAAGGGUGCUUCUCUUGCACUACUAGCGUCGGUACAGAAAGAUGAAGGCUACUGCGUUCCUCCAGGAUUUUGCGUGACAACAAAAGCUUUUAACAAACAUUUAGAAGUUAAUGCUGAUCUUAGAAAAGCUAUUAAGGAAAUCGAAAAAGACAAUGAUAAUUAUGAUGAAAUUAAUUUUAAAGAGAAAUGUAAAAAAGCAUACAACUUAUUCGUUUCAACACCAAUAGUUGAAGAUGUAAAGAAUGCUAUAUUGAAUCAUCUGAAUGAUUUAAAAGAGAAAACUGUAAACCUUAAGCUCGGGGACCAACUAAGGUUUGCAGUAAGAUCAUCAGGGGUGGGUGAAGACAGCGAGGCACUGUCAGCUGCAGGACAGAACGAGACAGUGCUCGGUGCGCGUGAUGAGGAUGUGAUACAAGCGGUCCAGAAGUGUUGGGCCUCCAUGUACUCCUUUACUAGCGCGUUCUAUCGUAGACAGAACGGGCAGGCGUGCCUGUGCUCCGGGGGCGUGGUGGUGCAGGCGCUGGUGACGCCGCGUGUGGCCGGCGUGAUGUUUACCACGCACCCGCACUGCGGUGACCCCACGCGCUUGUUGCUCACUGCUAACUACGGACUGGGAGAGUCUGUAGUGUCGGGAUCCGUGGAGCCGGACACGAUUAUCGUGAGACGUGAGACAGACGGAAAGCUUUCAAUAGCACAAAUACUAUUGGGUUCUAAAGAGCACAAGAUAAUUACGACCGAUGAUGGUAUUACGACAGAAAACGUGUCCUCAGUGGAAAAAAAUAUACCUUGCUUAUCUGAGACGGAAAUAUUUAAGCUAGCGCGACUGGGUAUAUCUCAACAAGAACUUUGGGGUGCAGGAAGAGAUAUUGAAUGGGCUAUUCAUAAUGAUGACAUAUACCUAUUACAAGCACGACCAAUCACAUCUCUAGAGCGGUGGACGGAAGAGGAACUGCUGCAUGAGAUGGACUUUCCCAUUAUGUCUGACGACGAAUUAAUUACGUUUGCUAACACCGGCGAGGUCGUCCCUAAGCCACUCACGCCUUUAAGCUACGACAUCGUAAUGGAACCACUGGAAAGAGGCGUGACUGCAUUGCUAGAAAACAACGGCGAUGGCUAUGACAAAAGCGUUGUAAUUACUCAUAACCGUUGCUGUAUGGUGUCCUAUAACUCAUUAUAUCGUCAAAUUCAAAAGGAGAUAGAUAUAAAUAUUCGUAUGCUAGAAAUAGCAGUACACGGCCACAAAGUUGCGGACGAAACUGUUUUAAAGACAGCGUUACACAGGAGAAUGCCAAAAUUUGGAGACAGAAUUUUCACAAUAUUGAAUAUGUUGAAGUGCUUACUUACGUCAAAAUGGGUAAUGGACGAUACGAUAACGAAAGUCAACAUUAUGAACUUAAAUGUGGAGACCGAGGACCCAAUGGUAUUGUUAGAUGCAAUAACUGGCAGUACGAAGAACAUGUUCGAAUAUAUGAGGAAUCACGGCGUGACGAGCUCCGCGAGUACAUUUACCCAGUUCGUUGCCAUGACUAUUUUACUAGAAGGAAGAUCUGAUUUUACUCCGGAUGAAUGCAAUGAAAUAAGUACAUUACUGAGUUCAGGAGACGUUUUAUCAGCCGAAGUACCACACAGGCUCGCUAAAAUUGUCCAAAAAUUACAAAUUCUUGGAAAGUUAAAUGAAUUCCGCGAACAAAAUCCGAGAAACGCAUUAACUUGGUUGAAGAACAUGGUACCACGUGUAUAUAAUGAUGUUCUUGAUUUCUUGGACCAACACGGACAUAGGGCUAUAAUGGAAUUCGAUUUGUCAACAAAGCCUUGGGCGUUAGAGCCAGAGGAACUGAUGAAAGUUCUCCAAUACAUGCAACCCACAUAUGAGAAAAAACCACAAAAGACUCCCGACGAAAUCAUUGCUUCACUUGAAACUCCACAAAAAACGAGUACCAGGCGAGCGCUUCGUUGGGUGGUGCCUCUGUGCUGGCGUGCAGUAAGGCAUCGUGAGGGCACAAAAGCGCACCUAAUUCUAGCAGUUCACAAGUUGCGACUGGCGGCACUACGGCUCGGGCAGAUGCUUACACGCGCCUGGCUAUUACCUUCCGCUGACCUCGUGUUUCACUUCCGAGCUCACGAACUGCGUAACUAUAUUGCCACGAGGGACCCUGUGCUGCUUAAAAAGGCGAUUCAGCGACAACAGUUUUACCCAGGGUGGUGCAAAUUAAAAUUUUCCGAAAUGAAUAAGGGUUGGCUAGCGCCUCUUGAAAUGGAAGGACCAAAAAUUACAACUGGUGAAUUGAAAUUGAAAGCCACUUCUGUGUGUGGAGGAGAUGUUAUUGCGAGAGCUUGCGUCGUCAAAGAUCUUUCUGAGAUAAAUAAACUACAACAGGGCGAUAUUUUAAUAACACAUGCUACAGACAUAGGAUGGUCUCCUUACUUUCCGUUAUUGUCUGGUAUAGUUACGGAGCUCGGUGGACUCAUUUCUCACGGUGCAGUGAUAGCCCGCGAGUACGGUUUGCCGUGCAUAGUGGGCGCGAUGCACGCUACUGAACUUUUUAAAACCGGAGACACAGUCCGAUUAUCUGGACACGAGGGAUUUAUUGAAAAAGUCAGUUUGUUACAAGAAGACAAGAAAACAAAUUGAUGUUUUUUUUUUAUUGUAGACAUUAAUGAUUGAGAGGUUGUGCUAUUGUUUUUUAUUUUAUUGUACAAUAAAUUAAUACAAUUAAUAAACGAUAAA